GCCACCCGCAUUUGCCGACACCACCUUAAGGGGCUGCCCCGGUGACGCUGCCGGGGAGGCGGGCCCCAGCUGCCUAUAAGAGAUCGGGCGGCAGCCCGAGCUGCAGAUAGAAACCGGGAGCAGGAGAUGAGCAACGUGACCGAGAUGGACGUGGAAGCGGGGCUGAAGGACGUGGAGCUGAACGAGGUGGAGACGGAGACCGAGAAGCUGCCGAUGAACUCGGGCGGCGGCGGCGACAGCAACGGCGCGCUGAAGGCCAAGGAGGUCGAGGCCGAGGCCGAGGUCGAGCAGGCCUUCACCGGCCUGAGCAAGGAGCAGCUGCUGAAGGUGGCCAACACGCCGGGCUGGGUGCGCCUCCGCUGGGCGCUCCUGCUGCUCUUCUGGUUCGGCUGGUUGGCCAUGCUGGCCGGCGCCAUCGCCAUCAUUGUGAAGGCGCCCCGCUGCAAGACGCUGCCCGACCUGCGCUGGUGGCAGAGCGGGCCCCUCUACCAAAUCCAGGUCGGCGCCUUCCAGGACUCGCGGGGCCGCGGCCAUGGAGACCUGGCCGGGGUGGAACAGCGCCUGGAGGAGAUCGCUGCCCUCAAGGUGAAGGGUAUCGUGAUCGGCCCCAUUCACCGCAACAGCCCGGACCGGAUCAACGAGACCAGGCUGACGGAGAUCGACGUCCCCUUCGGUGACAUGCCUCAGUUCGAAAGCUUGCUGAAGGCGGCCCACAGGAAAGGCAUCAAGGUGAUCCUCGACCUCACUCCCAACUACCGCGGGACGGAGAAGUGGUUCGGCCUCAACUUCAACGAGACGGGCGCGGGUGACCUCCUGCAGGAGAAGGAAGCAUUCCAGUUUUGGCUCCAGAAAGGUGUGGACGGGCUGCGCCUGGGGGGAGUCGAGAAGGUCCUCAAUUCCGCUCCGAAUCGGGUAAAGCAAUGGCAAAAUCUCACCAGGAACUUCUCGGCAGCUGAGCAGCAGAGGGUUCUUGUCGUUGCCACGACUAGCUCAGACCCGGACGAGAUACUGCAGCUCCUGAAGGACUCGGAGGUGGACCUGCUCUUCAGCAAUUACCUCCGGCAGGCCCUCUCGGAACCCGGGGAGCUGACGGCCGCGGCUGUCCACCAAAGGGUGCAGCGCCACAUCAGCAGCUGCGGCAACAGGACCUGGCCGAGCUGGGCGGUUUCUGGUUCCAGGAUGGGUCACUUGGCCACCAUGAACACGAAUCUGACCGGCCUUCUUCCAGUGAUGUUGUUUACGCUCCCUGGGACUCCCUUUACCUACUACGGCGACGAGAUCGGGCUGCGGAGUGACACGCCCGAACAGGACCCGUGGAUGUUGUGGAAUUCAUCGGUAAAUGCUGGCUUCACCUCGAAGGACAGCGGCCGUCCGAAGCCGGACAUCGCCCAGACUGUGGAGGGCCAGAAAUCCGACAGUAAUUCCCUCCUGUCGUUAUUCAAGAAAUUGGGCCUACUGAAAGCCAAGGAGCGGUCGCUUCUGUUUGGCGAGUUCCGGCCGCUGGACACGACGGGCAGCGUCUACGCCUACCUCCGCUCUUGGGACCAGAGCGACCGCUUCCUGGUCCUGCUAAACUUCGGUAUGGGGCCCACCACGGUCUCCCUUGAGGGGGAGGAGGGCCUUCCCUCGGAGGCCAUCUUGGAGCUCAGCUCGCUACCCCCCAGGUUGGAAGAAAAAGUCAGGUUGGACUCGGUCAGCCUCGCUGCAGGGGAAGGCCUGGUGCUGAAGUUCCCCUAUGUACCUUAAAGUGACACACCGUCUUCCCCCCCCCCCCCCACCCAUGUGAUUCAACGCGCGGGGGUGGGGGUCCAACA